AUGGAUGUGCCUCGACUUUUCAAAGCCGCUACACCGGAUCUAGUGGCGCGCAAGGUUUUUCGCAUCAAAACGGUCAGACGCGACGGCGAAAAUGAUGGUAAGACACGAGAAAAAGAAAGAGGUCUUGUUUUUACGUCGUAUUCCUUCCGUUAGCUUCACACCUGAUUGGACAUGGGUAUGAGAGGAGGACCCCCUCCCCCCGCGACUAAUAAUUAUUAUUGUAUGGUGGUCGUGGGCAUCGAUGACGCUUACCGGAAAGAAAUUGGGCGGAAAUAGUGUGCGGAGGGGUGGAGAAUCGUCCAAUCUACGGAUCACUGUAGCAAAUAAGCGUGAUAUUGUGGCACCUGGUGAGCUUCUGAGCUUUUGAGCCGUUUCUCGGCGUCUUCGUGUCUCGGCCGAUAGUUCCGGUGUUUCGGAGGGCCUAACUAGUCUAUUGUGUCGAAUUCUUCCGGUUUUCUAGCCUCUCGUCAUCUUGCUCAUCUUUCAUUUGAUCAAAAUUCGUAAAAGUUGCUAAAACGCUAAUUUUAUCGAUCUGAGUGUGAAAAUAUUGCGAAAUUCUGUUAACAAACACUGAAAUGUAUUAUUUUCCACUUAAUUUCCAUGAAAUUCUUGUUAAAAUUGGCUGGAAAAGGUGUAAAUAAGCUCGAAAUUCAAAUUGUUCAAACUCAGAUUACUGUAGAAUAAGCUCGGUGUUUUGUACGCAAUCCGACGGUGUUUUACGUACUUUUGAACUUUUCUACGCGCCAAGCAGCGAAUUUUGAUAUUUUCGCUCAAAAACCGGGCGAAAAACGUGAAAGCGUAUUCAAAUCAAUGUUUGCCGACCUCUUCCGACCCUAUUUUACUAUUCUAUUCAUAGAGAAACCCGUGUUCUCACCUUUUUCCCAUAAAAACUCGACUUUGCGCUUUUUACGCUUUCCGGCCUCAGUUCGAAUCAAUUAAUCGUGUCUGUGUGCGGCCGGAUCGGUGAAUCAUCGGUCUGGACGCUCCGCCGACUCGCCGAGCACAUUUUACAACGUUUUGGCCUCGCAGCCCUCGGAAGACGCAUGAUUUUCCGCCGAGUUUGUCGUCUCCGUUCAAAUUUCACUCUGUCCCCUGUUUUUGCUCUGAAAGUGCUAAAAAUAAAAUGCAUUGUAUGCGAAACACUCAUUUCACCCAAAAACUGCUCGUAAAUCGAGUUUCUCACACUUUUUCUGUAAAAUUUCCAUUUCUCCACAAACAUCACCUAAAAAAUGAGAUUUUCCUAACUUUUUUUUUGCUUUUUUUCCCAUGCCGUAUCAAAUUAACGUCAUUUUCGUCUUCGGAGGCCAAUCGCGCCGAGAAAUGAUGAGAAAAUCGGAGGAAAAUGGUAAUAAUCGUUUCCUCCGUCGGCGGCCCACAAAAAAGCGCCCAUUUCUUGGUUUUUCCGUUGGAUAAAAAAGUACUUUUUUCUUUGGCGCUAAAUUUGAAAUUUAAGCACACAUUUCGUGAUUAGCCUAAAAUCAUCUAAAAAUCACUUCCCCUUGAAAAUCACUCCGCCAUAAUCCUCUAUUUCUCACUCAAUUUCUCGUUGUGCGUCUCUCCAAUUCGUCCACUAUUUGCUCGUAAUUUCCGUGUCCAGAAGCAACAGAUGGAUGGUCGAAAAGCCAAAGGGCAUAUUAGGAAUCGGGAGAGGAAACGGGAGGAGAAUGCGAGAAGAUAUCCGGAUGGUAAUUAUUCGAGCACGAUAUCCGAUCCAAAUGUUUACUGAACGAAUCUGAAUUAUUAUAUUAUUAGCAAUGCGCUUCCUCUUCUUCUUUCUCUGAUUUUCCUUCAGAAUUCUAGACUUGCGUGACUUUUUUUUGAUAGAGAGCAAAUGUGACAAGUUUCUUGCUGAGCACAGCUUUUUACUGCGGUAUUUCUCUUGCGUGGUGGAGCUUGUGGACCACAGUUCUCAUCCGUAACCGUCAAGCUCCGCCCCCUUCGCGCCUCGCUAAUCUGACGAUUUGGCUGAAAAAUCGCUGAUAAAAGUGGCAGUAAGUCUUUUUCGACAAAAACUAAUGGAAAAACAACAUUCAUUUUUCAUCCAAAUGGGCAAAUUCAAAGACCGGAGGUGUUUGGCGUUUAGAAAAAUACCGAAUAAACUAUCGAUUUCUCAUAUUGCUUCCAAAUCCUUUUGGCAAAAAACUGAAAACUACCUAUGAAAAGACGUUCCAAGUGACACAAAAAACGAGAAAAACAGUCGAGGACCACAUGUUCCGCGGUGCGCGCGUAGGUCAAGAACGGGUCUCGCAGCGAUUCGACAAAACAAAGUGAAUAAAUGCGAUGCGCCUUUAAAGUGAGUGCGCGCGAGUCGUUUGCCUUUGGGAAGGCAGAGGGCCGAGGAGAAAAAAAAGAGGAUGGUCCCGGGGAGAGAUUGGCCAACGAGUGGGUUGGAGACAGCCGGCGGUGCGGUUUUCGUGACCGGGCCAGGGACCGUUCAAGAGUUUCACACCUGUCACAGAGAUCAGAGGGGUUUACGAGGGUGUGAUGGACACAUCCUUCUUUUUUUCUUUCCCCCAACCACUGUCUUCCAAAAUGCCACGAACGCUGCAACGCAAUGAACGGAGCGUCGUUUCCGUUCAUUCCGACGCACUCUUUUUUGCCGUUCUUUUUUAUUUUCACGACAUCCAAUGCUUUUGCAAAUUUUUCAACAAUCGAUUGUGCUCAAAUUAUCGCUCUGAAAUUCGAUUUUAGCACGAAUUUCGCUGUGUUUUCCGUCCGAAUCCGACAAAAAGUGUUGAAUACAAGCGCCAGUAACUCUUUUUUGUAGAAAACGGAUGAAAAAUCGAGUGAAAUUAGCGUAAAAAGGCGCAUUGAAAUGUCGAAACUUUUGGGUCGAAUCGCUGCGAGACCCGUUUUUGACCUACGCGCGCGCCGCGAAGCAUGCUGUUCUCGUUUGUUUUCUCUUUUUUUACUUGAAGAGAUCGCAACGUUUUGUCAAGGGCAGUUUUACAUUUUUUGCCGUCACUUUCGACAUCCCUCUCUUUAUUCGAUUUGCAAUCAAUGAUGACGUAGUGGGAGGCUGAUAAAUUUAUCGCAAUCAUCAAAAAGUUACAACUCUGCGCCAUUUUGCUCAAAAACAGCUGUUCUCCUCCGGGCCCGUCCGUCCGGCCGUUUCUCCCUUUCCUUCGGCUCUCUCCGAUCCGCACGCUCUCUCCCUCUCUUCCCGUCGAAAAUUUCCGUUUUUCUACGCGUUUCCACUGUUUUCUAUCGUAUUUUUCAGCUCAAAAGCCCGAAGCGGAGAAGCCGAUCGAGCUGACGGUCCCCACGUCUUCUCGGGCAUUAAAUGCGUCUUUGGAAGUGAACGAGACGUCCGUCGACACGUCAUCCACCGAUACCGGCACUUCCAGGUAAUUGCGAAAUUGUAGGAAUUUUCUGCGAUUUUCCCGAGAAAAAUUGAGAAAUUUCGUGAUUUUAAACAUUUUCCAGAAUGGAAGGAGGUGUCGGCCCAAAAGUGCCGGUGCUGGCCGUCGGCACAUACCAUCGGAAGGAGGCGGCUCCGAUUUUGGCGGCCGCCGCCCGUCUCGAUCUUCCCGCCACGUCAUCCGGUGCCACCGCCACGACGGGAACUAUUGCCAAGGAAAAGGGCAAUAAAGGUUAUUUUUUGCCGUUUUUGAAGGAGGCCUGUCGCUAAAAAAAGUGUGAGAUAUUUAUACCAUCGGAUAGAGCGUAAGAAAGUCAUUGUUCCCAAAAAUCACUUUAAGGGCCACAUUUGAGGCCCUCAACGUACUUUGCUUUGCUUUUUUCGCUGCUCGCAUGGGUCUAUGAAGAUCCAACGGACCAUGUUAGCAGCCAACGCGAAGCGAAGCACGUUGAGGCCUCAAAUGUGGCCCUAAAAGUGAAUUUUGGAAAAAAUUAUGUACUGGACACAUGUGUAACUUUCCUACGCUUUAUCUGAAGGUAUAAAUAUCUCACAUACUAAAUUUUUAGCGAUAGGCCUCCAUUAACGAAGAAUACUGACAAUUGCAUUGUUUUUUCGUAUGGUUCGGCUCUGAGAUUUGGCUGCUCUUUCUCCAUUGCUUGACCGAUCUAAUCCUAUGAAAUUACAUUGAUGUCUGUGAAAAUUGGCUAGAAAUGAUGAAAUAUCGGCAUUUUCUCAACCGUUCAGUUCUGCCCCGCCCCAGUUUUAGUACCUCUCAAGUUUAGUGCAGUUUAUGAACACUUUGAGCGCAUUCUUUUGCUAUUAAUUGAAAGCACGCAAAAUCGUACUUUGAAAUGAUGUAUCGACACGUUUUGAUGAAGAAUUUGCUUCGAAAUUUCAAGGGUAAGUCGAAAUGUUGCAGACCUGGUGAUUUUCCGAAUUUUCAGCUCUGAAUAGUGUCUUCUAAUCAAGGCUGUCAGAAACCGGGCGGACGUGCACUGUGAGCUCGGCAUCCAGCCUAAGCAAAAUGUGGCGGCCGGCCGCCUGACAGCCUUGCUUACAAUGAAACAUUCGAAAUUUUGGAAGCUAUAUAACGGAAGCUUUACAAUCUCUUCUCGCCUUUUCCGUCCUUUGACAAGAAACGGCGGUCCAUCUGUUUGUUUUGGGCCACAAAAGUGUGACCAAUUACGGUUUACAGGUGCCGUCCGUCGGCCCAAUUGAAUGGAAGAAGGUGCCGCCCGUGUAUUCCGUGGCCACCGGAAGACCGUUCUAUUGUGAUUGUGUGUGAACGGAGGGGAAAAGAAACGGGCAAGCGUCCCAUUGUCCGUUUCCGAUUGGCUUUUUAGCUUUUCGAGAAUUUUCGACUUUUUAAUGGGAAAACACUGAGAACGCGCACAUUUUACUUGAUUUUCGCACAAUUUCGCUCUAAAAUACUUUGGAGAUCGGUCCGUGCCCGAGCAGUUAGUACCGAUUUAAUUGACUUUAGCGUUGACAAUAGAUAAUUCGUUUGUUUAUCGCUCCUCAAAAUGCGCUAAACCGUCCAAAAUAAGCGUGGGCGGAUCUUUUGGCCACGUCCUUGACUCUUUUCCCCUCCACUCACACACACACACACAAAGCUAUCAAAAGGGCAUCGGUGUUCGGAAUCUAGCCUUUUGACGGACACGCGGUAGAGAUAUCCUAAUUAUCCGCCGCCCACCGUCAUUCGCGGAUAACUCUUGAACGAUGAAAUAUCCGAAAAAUCACAGUUUUCAAGUCUUGUUAGGCAUAAAAGUUGUGGUUUUUAGUAUUCCAUAAGGCGCUUUCAUAUUCAUCUCUCUCUCUCUCUCUUCUUUUCGAAUUCACUUCACGCUCCAUUUGACCACACACCUUUUGGCUGCUGUUUGACACGAAGACCCAUCCGCUCUUUUUUUCGGUCGUUUCCGUGUCAUCACACCUUCUAUCGACAACAACAGUAGUAGUGGGCUUGGAGGUCUUUUUCGAAUUCUUAUUCGCAUUCCAUUUUGUGUGAACUUUUGGGGCGUUUUCUGAAAGGACACUGUAUCUUAAUGCGUUCUGAAAUAUCUGUGGUAGUUCUGAGGCUACGAUGGGUUAUGCUAUCAUGAAAACCUUUUUUGUAUAGUUCUACAAUAGUUUUCCUGUAAAAGGAGAGUUUGAAAAAGUUGUAUCAAAAGUACAGUAAUCCUUUAUUCUUUCGUCCCAGCCGCAAGUACAAGUACACAAGUACAAGUUGGUUGUAAAUCGGUAUCCAAUUACAUUCCGAUGCCGUCGGCCGCCCGUGUCCGUUCGGUUUUUGCCGCCAAAGCCUUUCCACUUUUCGAUCAGGUCGUUUUCCGGCAAUUGGUCAGGCUUUGACGGUGUUCGGAAGGACGUGGAUUCGGUUUUGAGCGCACCCACCUUUUUAGGAUCUUUCAGAUUGAAGUUUAGUUGAAGAAUACCACAUUUUCCCGGAAAAUUUCAAAGUUUCACUGCAAAAAGUAGUUUUUCACCCAUUUUACGCGCUGAAGUCUCACAAUCGCUCAGAAAUUCACAAUAAUCGUAGUACAACCCAUUCUCAUCAUCUUCUUCUUCCUCUUCUUCUCCGUCUUCGCCAACAAUGCAAAAAUGUUCAAUUUUGUGAGCCUCCCCCCCCUUCCCGCUUUUCAUUUUCAAUUUGCACCCGGGCGGUCCGAAUGGGUUGUUGCAUGUGUCUGUUUGUUCGGCCCACUUUUAUGACUUUUUAAUUGAAAAGUAUCGCUGAGAGAAGGAGAGAGAGAGAGAUAGAAACGGGGGAGGCGUUGAUGAGUUUGAGUGUGUGAGAAUCGAGCUUUUCGGAUAUUUUUGGGGUUGGGUGGAUUUUUGAAAAAAUAGGUGACUUUCACGUUUCCAUGCGAAUUUAGGCAUAAGACGACGUUCAAAACUCUGAAAUUUUCCAUACAUUUCUCAAAGUGCCUAAAGAGGUAUUAAAAAGCUCCGUACCGCUAGCAAAAAUUGUGUAUUCUCCACUUCUCUCGAUACUUUUUACCAAUGUGAUUCAUCAACCCUUUAGGUACUGACACAAAAAAACAGAUCCUCCCUUCCUUCCAAUGUUUUCCGUCAUGACUCAAUGGGAAAGUUGACUCCCCCACUCCUGUUUGGAUUAGACGAGAAGAGAGGGGGCGAAUGUUGUUGGAGAAGUGAGAAAAGUGCCAGAUGUGCGCAGGGUGCCACGGUUUCUCUUCUUUGAACAGGUGUCAGUUUGGUGGAUGCCAAGAAGUGGAUCAGGACGCCAGUUUUUCGAAAUUUUUACUGAGUUUUCGCGAUUUGUAGUGAUGUUCGGGGCUAACUCCCGCAUUUUCUGUAAAUUUCGAUACUUUCUCUCUGUUUUCGGUAUAUGUUGAGUGUUCUCCCAAGAUUUUGCAGAUUUUUGACGAUUUUCGUGGUUAGCGGCUACUUUUGCGCAUUUUUUACUUGUUCAUCACCAAAACCAUCGAAUAAAUCAACCUGAUCGGAGACGAACAAAAAAAAAACCUGGGGCCGGAUAAUUGUGCGUUCCGACGGCUGCUGGUCACCCGUUCGAUUGGCCACCAAGUUGCGCAAUCACCGAAAAAGUGGUGGGAAGUGGUGGUGGCGGAGACCGUUUGCCCGUCGGCCGUCUCUCUCCCUAUCACCCACUCUCCGCCAAGUUUGCUUAUCGCUUACGGAGAGGAAGAACGGCUAAAAGGGACCAUCCUUCUCUCUCUCUCUCUCUCUCUAUCUCUCUCUCUCUCUCUCUCUCUCUCUCUCUCUCUCUCUCUCUCUCUCUCUGUCUCUGUCUCUGUCUCCCGCACCAGAAAGAGGUCAUUUGGCAACUCGUGUCACUCUUGAUCACUUCAUUUUGUUAUUCCACAAUAAUUGAUGGUUCUCCCUGUUAUUUUAAAAGUUUUCUGAGAACCCUAGUCAAUUCUGACCAAAACCCCUAUUACCACGUCCAAAUUGCGACGAAUUCACACUUUUUCCAUGUUUAUCCCAAUUUUGCUCCAAAAUUUGUACAAAUCCCGCAUUUUCCCCUCCCAAUUUUCUCAAUUUUCACUUUAUUCCCCGUGCCGUGCCUAAAAUAUGUGCGAAAAAGUGAAAACCGCCGAGAAAAGGGAUGUUUCGCUCGCAAUCUUCUUCUCCGCCGCCACCGCCGUCCAUUUUCUCAGCUUCUCUCCGUUUUCUAGGUGCGCACGGUGCCAAAAUGAUGAUAUUACGCAACUUUUUGGGACCGCCGCCCUUCCUGUUUCGCUUUUAUGCGAUUUUGUCAAAAAGUAGGCAUUUAGGAGCCAAACAUCCAAGUGUUUCGGUCAGUUGCGUCAUUUUCGACCCGUGGUCCUUAUCAGCUUAUCUUUGGGACCAUUUUGGGCCAUAAAUCCUCUUAACUCGUCAAAAAUAGUGAUUAUGAUUCAAUAUUUGUGCAUCGCAAUGCUCCAGAAGGCGCAAACGAAUGUUUACGUCUUCGGAGCCCGAAAAAGCGGAGAGCGCAGUGAAAAAUUGCCAAGAUAUCGGAUUACCGUGUUUCUACAGUGAUUUGUGCGGAGAGCUGUAAAAGUAGCGGCUUCUUCUCUGGCUCCGCCCACUUUUUAUGACCUAAACGACAACUUUGUUCCAUCAUUCACUAGACCCUACUAACCAUGUUCAUAUUGCUCUACAAAGCACCUAAAAGUAAGUGAUUUUGGGAAAAGGCUAAUAAAGUACUGUCACCCCUUUACACACACAUACACACGAAUGUUUACUUUUACACCCUGACGGUCCCUGACAGUCGUCCGCCACUCACCAAUUGAUUUUUUAGACGGUUUUGGACCAAUUUCCCUAUUUUGGACAAGUUGGUGAGUGCCUCAUUAUUUUUCACUUUCAAUCUAGAAUCUCACACUUCCUUCCCACGCGCAAUGAGAUUUCGCCAUCGGAAAAAAACUUGUCCCCCGUUGGAAUUCGUUCCUGGAGCACACAGGUGUACGACCUCGCUCUCACUUUUUUUUCGAUUUUCCCCUUCCCAUUCUUCCGCACACAUCGUCAUCGUUUAGUCCGCUCGCAGAAAUUGUGCCCAGAUGGUGAGAGUUUUCCCCCGUUUUUCUUUCCGAUUCCGCAAGUUUUCGCACUUUUUUCGCAUAUUUAGAGUGAAUCUUUAAAAAAUUGGCCUCAAACCUAACGAAUUUCGAUUCCCCACCUUCAUUCUCUGGAAAAUUGCUCGAUUCGCGCACAGAAAGGUGCUGAUGGUCAGCUUUUUCUCGCAAAAGUGAGGGGGGCAUAAUCUGUGUAUUUGACAAAUGAAUUACCCCCCGUCUGGUGCGUUUCGGGCUCGCUUCUCCGACAAUAUCAGAUCAGUCCUCUUCUGCUUUUUCUCUUUUUUCUUUGUUUUCGUUUCUCACUCGAAUCCUGUAGACACUAUGCUGCAAAAUAAGGACUACUUUGAACAUGUUUAUCGAUUCAACACUGUCUACUGUAUCUCCUUUAAUUUUUAAAAACAAUUUCCUCGUCAGAGCUUGUUCCUCACCUAUUUUCGCCCCCUAAUUCAUUGUGUUCCGCCCGAACAGCUUGUAACUUGUACCUCUUUUACUCCAACCAACAGCCGCCCGUCCGCUCGGAACUAUCGGUUCGUCCUUUGUCGGCUCGGCAACAGACGCGGGCGGACCUUGUAAAUCAACGCCGCUCCGAACUGUGUACAACUGGUGAGCAAAAAGAUGAUGAGAAUGAGAAUGAGUGGUCGUAUAAUAACAGCUGUUUUGCUGUGAACAAAUUGAUGGGCGCUCGUUAAACGUGUCGAGUUUUGAUAGUUUGGGACCAAAAUCUGGUUGGAAAGCACCAAUUUUGAGCAAUUUCCAAGAUUGCAGCGUAGUUGAGAGCGUUUUAACACUAUCUGUAGUUAUAAAGUCUUGUUUCCUGUAAAACUCGCACAUUUUGGACUUUGCACUAUUUUUGAGCUCAAACUCUAUUGUGAUUGAGGUAAAUCUCUUGAAAUGUGACACCUCCCUUUUAGAAAUUACCGCCAAGAACAUUAGCAUUCUCGCGGACACUCGUUCCAUUCAUUCAUUCUCUAUGCGGGUACGGCUGGAGGUGUCUUUUCUCGACCGUCCCUUCUUCUUCUUCUUCUUCUACUUCCCGCUGCGCUUGUUUGCUUUCUCUCUCUCUCUGGGAAGCAGUGUGUCCGAGAGGCGAUGGUCAAUCGGUAUGUGGUGUACUCGUUGGGAAUAUGGGCUUGACACUAUUUUGAUGAUUUUGGCCGUUUUCCUUUGCUAGAGACCCAUUUUGAACUUUUGAAUAUCUUUUUGUAACGAUGAAUGCUUCUAGAGCUCGAGAACCAUAUUACUUGGCCAGUUGGACAGAAAUUUGCUCGGAUUUCCAAAAAUUUUCCGAAAAAUCAAGUCUAGCGUCUAACUUUUCAGAUUGUUGAGCAAUUUAAAACUGUUUAUGCUCCGCCCACUUUGAAAGUAAAGUAAUGUGUCGGAAAUCCUAUGUGACACGCUUUUCCUCGUGUUCUUUUUCAUGUUCAAGUCGUUUUCCUCACACAAACACAUAAUUAUAGGCUAUAGAGAAGAACGCAUGUUUUCAGCCCAUGAUGAUCAUAAUGACACCAGUUGUGGUGGCUGAAUCCUUUGUUUUCUUCUUCUCUGAUUUUUACUCAUCAUAGCCCUUUUUUGCUGCGAAAGUUGUGUCAACACGUGUCGUACUUGACACUUGGAAUAUGUGUUGAGAUGACGUAAUGCACAAUCUCUGUCCGAGUUGACCUUUCCGGCGCUUUUCCGUACUGUACUCGUCGUCGUUGAGCCCCACAGAUGUUCGUUAUAUCCGAUUACACACCUCCCACAGGUGGGUGGUAGAAAGGGGGCGGAGUCACUUGAGGAGAUGACCUAAUGUACUUAUUACCCGCCGCCGGAUGGAAGGAAGGGGCAAGCACGUCGUUUGGCAGUUUGACACUCAAGUUUCAAUUGAGAGUACCUUUCUGAGUCGGUUUUUGAGUAACCAUAAGUCUUCUUCUGCUUUCUGUAUGUCAAUUUGUUUUGAGUAUGCUUUCAACUCAUUUGGCUAACACUUGCUGCAAUUAGCGCCUUCCAGUCCACGUUUUGAAGACUUAUUCUAUGUUACGAAGCUAUUCCGAAUGUUUUGCUCGAAAUUCGAAAACUAUCAAGCACCGCCUACUACUUUGAUCGCCCAACCUUUACGUACUCAUAGUUUUAUCCGAAUAUCCUCUCCCCACAUCUUUUUCUCACCUGACACCUUGUACCUACUCAAUUCUCGAUGUUGUCCCCCUUCUCGUCGAAAGUCAUGACACCUCGUCCAAUUAGCACCCCACAUUCUGUGUGUGCGUUCGCGAAAAUCCCAUUACACCUGCACAAACUACUUGUGAAUUUCUUCGGCGGUUUCCGGGUAAAUUUGCAAAAUUCUGCAUUUUCUUCGAUAAAUAUUGUUCAUUUCUGACCGGAUUUUUCCCCGCCUAAACCUUAAUUUUUGCAGAGCCCGCACCACCGCUUCCACAUCCAUCAGAGUGCGGGCAGCCGUGCGUUUCGGGACAAUCACAAAUGUUCCAGCACAGGACGACGAAUGCACAAGGACCGCCGCCGAAUCGGCCGAUGCCACGCCCGCCUGGACCGUCUUCUGGAGCGAUGACGUCAUCGUCGGGCGUGCAUCAGGAACACGACUACACGAACGAUUACGAGGAUCCGGAAGAGAUGGCCCGCUCGAGAGGAGGUAAAUGUGCGGGGAAAUCAUUAAUUUCCUUAACGGGUGGACACUAGAAAACUUGGGAAACUUGAAUCAUUUUAAAAUUUCCGAAAGCAAAAACAUGCCAUAUCAGCUAAUUUUCCAAUUAUAUUAUCAAUUUCCCACCCGAUGACUCACCGACCUCUACCAGUAUCAAAAGAAUGAGCGAUACCGGUACUCGCUCGUCGUAAAAGUAAAACAGUUCAAAAGGCGGGCACCGACAAUUGAUGGCAAAUAUUUCCCCUUUCUCGGCGCCCCGCUUUCCGCUUAUAAAGGGUGCGAGAAUCAAUGGAAAAAGACAAUAGAAAGGCGGCGAAUUAGUUGUUGGACGGGGAAGGGAGAGCGGGGAUGUUUUGUCCGAGUUUUUUGGCCAGGAGGCCCCAAAAUACUAUUUUCAGAUGGCUUCACCAAUCAUUUGCUCAUCAAAACGACGCCGCCGCCGAUGAACUUCAACUCGUACGAAAUGUCCAUGUCACAACAGGUAAUGCCCUCAUUUUCCCGUUUAAAAGUUCUAUUUUUCAAAUUGUUACAGCGUCGCUCACAACAACAUCAGCAACCGAUGGCUCCGCCGCUUUCCGACUGUUGGGGAUCCGGCGCGCACGACGGAGGCGUCUUGCACAAAAAUGCCGACGGAGCAUACUAUAUUCCCAGUGGAUCAUGUUAGUUUCGGGGGACUUGAUUGUUGUAGUCGAAGAGAAAUUGACUCAAAAUCCGGAAACCUUUGAUUGUUCCGUUACAAAUUAGUAUCUCUGCCCGGAAAGCGCUCUCAAAUAUCCCUCAAAUCGGUCCCCUUUCAUCUCCGACGUCCAUGCACUUCUCGGCUAUCACUCAUUCGCACAAAAAUGUUUAGAAAUUGGAGAGUCCUCCACGGUUGCGCAAUUGACUCAUAAAAAACAAUAUCCUUUUGCGCCGCCUUUCCGCUUCGAACAGUGAGCAAAUAUUGUACAGGACCAUCAUCUUGAGAAGGACUACCGUAUUGAUCUACUGGUACUGGUACAUCUGUCGGUCACCCCAAAAAAGACACAAUUCGGGCGGUGUUUACACUCCGGAUUGACCCUUAUGUGUCAAUGAUUGGCGGCAGGAAAGGCAGGGCUCUUUCCUUUUUUUGAUAAGGGGUUUUACAAUAUUUGAGAAAUUAGGGACUCAACUCUAGUGAACUAGAAAAUUGAUGCAGGAUCGAGUUUUAGACUAUAAGAUUAGGACUUUAAAGAUCAUGUUGUAAAAUUUCGAUGCGUCCAGACGCUAGGAAGUACCAAGAUAACCCUAAAAACGCAAAAGAUUCAGUGCGUUCGGGGGGAAUCGAACCCCCGUCGAAUGCUUGGAAGGCAUCCAUGCUGACCAUUACACCACGAACGCGCCACAUAUCUCUCUGCUUCUGAGUGAGUACACUAUUCCGAGGAAAAGACGGAAAAGAGAGAGACAUUUCACGUGAAACACUGGCGUCAACUAUGCGGGAGGUUUGUGUGUACGAGCGUGCGCCGAAAAUGUCUCGCGAGACGGGCGGUCUGCCGAAUGUGAGCGUUCGUGGUGUAAUGGUCAGCAUGGAUGCCUUCCAAGCAUUCGACGGGGGUUCGAUUCCCCCCGAACGCACUGAAACUUUUUCCUUUUUAGGGUUCUCCUGGUACUUCAGGCGAAUUUAGAGGCCGUAAGUAAUCUUGUUUUCAAGGCAAAAAACGUCGAGUAAGACAGUUGUGAACAUCAAAACCCAGUUGAACCCAAAAAUAGGUGGUCCCUUGCCUCAAUUUACCCGUUUUACCCUCCAUAAUCCUCUUGUAAGAGACUCUUUCAUUGGCCAUCCAGCUACUAAUUGCAAUUGUCCCAUUCUGUCUCGACGAACACGCGCCUUUUUUCCCGCCCGUGCAGUGCAACCUCCCGUUGGUGUAAUCCAUCCGACCACCUUAUAAUUAUCGCAUUUGUCCGUUCGUAUAGGGUCCACACGAUGGGUUUUGUGAUGAAACGUAGAAAAUUCGACCCCCACAGUCUCGAAAAAGUACAGAAAAACAUCAUUAAAGUUUGGGCGUCCAGUUCAAAACUUGAAUGGAAUCAGGGCUGGGCAAAUGGCCGGCCAUGGCCGGCCAUGGCUGGCCAAUGAAAAGCCCUGGCCGGGCUAGUUGCAAGCGCGCUCCACUGCAAAAAAGCCUUGGCCGGCCCUGGCCGGCCAAGGCCGGCCAAUGGUACGGUAAGCAAUUCGGUUCACUGAGCGGUGUUUGCACACAAAGCAUUUUAAAUAAAGAAAAAAACGUGUUUUCGAAAGGGUUUUCUUUUUUUUCUAAGUUUUUUCACUUCAUGAUCAAAUAUUUUCACAGAAAAAUGCUCUAUUCGAUGAAUUCGAUUCAUAACGUUGUUCCCAUACAUUUUUUUUCUUUCGUUUCGUUCUCAUGCAUCUCGUUCUCGUUAAUUCUGUCGUUUUCUUUUUAUUUUUUUCUCUUCACUUCUGCUAAUUUUUCGAAAUUUGUCAGCUUUCAUUUCAUCGAAAUUUAAUUCACUUACUUUCUUUUUCACCUUUUUUCUACUUUCAAGCAUGUCUUCUUCUCAUUUUAAAAUAAUUUCUUCGAUUUUUUCUUUAUUUAAAAUGCUUUGUGUGCAAACACCGCUCUGUGAACCGAAUUGCUUACCGUACCAUUGGCCGGCCUUGGCCGGCCAGGGCCGGCCAGGGCUUUUUUGCAGUGGAGCGCGCUUGCAACUAGCCCGGCCAAAGCCUUGGCCGACCGCUGGCCAGCCAAGGCCGGCCAAUGUUUUGCCCAGCCCUGAAUGGAAUGAAAUGCAAAUCGAAUAAAGUGUGAGGAGAAGAACCGAUGAAGGUGACAAAAAGAAGCGGAAUUUGCAUAGAUUGGCCCGAAAAAGUGACGGAGAAAUGGAUGGGAAAAUGGUCGGUGCUUCUAUAGUUCCGGUGAUUUCGAAGAAGGAGAUGGGAGGUCUGGAAGAAGGUGGAAUUCGAGGUCUCCAAAGCUUUUUGACGUUUUUUGGUGUUCGAGAACAGGUAUCCGAGCGGCUUGGGACAGGGGUGGUUUUGUCUCGUGAUACCAAAGGAAUUGUUGCAUGGAAUGGGGACCAUUUAUGUUUCCUGACUCAUGGUGCCCAGUGCAGCAUCUCCUCCCGUCUCGUGGUUCCCUUGGCCCGCGUCCCAACUGUUUGGAUACCUGGUUCCAGACGCUUCUAGAGUAAGAAAUUUCAGCCGUCCUGGUGCAUUUUGAGCGUUUUGAGCCAUCGAAACCUUGAAAACGAGCGUUUGACAUUCGGAUCUUUCCCUCCCAUGUCUCGUUAGCCAAAGGCCUAGGUGCACACUCGUUGGCGCGUUUUCUUCAAUUUCUGCUCAUUUUUCGGUGGUGUCGGUCGUGUUCUCAAGUGUUUCUCCCUUCUUCUUCUUCUUCUUUCCUCCUCCAUAGGUUCUCAUUACCCGGCCGCCUGCAACGUCGUCGUCGUCAAAAAGCAAAAGGCUUGCAUUUUGUUGUCCUUUUCCUUCCUCUCUUUUUCUCUUUCUCUCUCUCUCCGCCAAUUUCUCUCCAUUUCCCUCGCGGUGUGUUUCAUUGGCGAAAAGGGGCGGCGCUUCGGCCGGGAAUGUUGUUCUUCUCUAGUCGAGCCUGAAGUCGAGUCACGCCCACUUUUUUCCCGAAAGUUUUCUUCUCUCAUCUUGACACCUUAGCGAUGAAGUCACCUACGAACUAUUAUUAUUGAUACCUCAAAAAAUGGAGCCCGACGAAUCGCACUACGAUGAGCCCGUUUACUAUGCGUCGACGUCGUUGUACGGCGGACGGCGACAGUUUCGAAAUUCGAUGGUCUAUCGGGUCUUGCCGCCGCACUACGCCUAUUGUAGCACUCCGAUUGGACCGCCUCCGAUCAGAGAUGGGUCCGACGAUGAAAGUGAGCCCUUUUGGAGGGAAAUUCAGGCAAAUUCGAUAAAAACCGAGCAAUUUGGCUUAAAACAAUGGUCUAGCGUCUGUAACAGCUGGGAAUUUGGGUCAAACUAUCAAAAACUAGGUCAAACUGCAGAAAAUAAGUAUAAGACUGGUAAAAUGUCUUCAAGAAGACCUAUUUCACUUAAAAAUGUCCGAAUCCAAAUGUCAUCACUUAAAACAGCGGAAAAAUAUCAACUUUAACCUAUUUAUCCCUUUUUUCAGUGCGCACCACGUCUUCGACUCUUUCACCGGCUUCCGGACAACGCUACCUCGAUCAGUGAGUUUUUUUUUCCAGAUUUCCAUCGCAAAUUUCCAUUCCGAGAGUGAUUCUCAAGUGCAUUCUUCUCCCAUUUUACGAGAUUAAUUCUUGCCUCCUUUUCGCCCAUUUUUCUUCGAAAAACCCCCCAUUGUUUGGCUGGGAAAAGUAUAGAGAAUGCGACAAAAAAGGGGCGCGUAGGGACCCUGUUGGACCACGCGCGGGCGACCGGAACUUUGCGUCAAAGGACAGAACAUUUGGCAACACACACCGGAUAUGUCGGAAAGCACGGAUCAGUGGAGCAUUUCCGAGCAUUGGUGCACGCAAAUUUACAAAUUUCGACACACUUUGCACUGGGAUCGGCGAAUCUUGGGCUUGGAGCUUCAAGUUGAUUGAAUUUUUGAAAGUCUCGACAAAAAUCCUUCAGUUUAGUGCCAUGACUCGAAUUUGUUGAAACUUUGAGAAAUUCAACUGCUUUUCAGAUUUUCCGCAAUUUUCCCCAUUAGUACUGCAAAAAAUGCCACGAAAAACGGCUAUUUUCGUCGUCCUCCUCCAACUCUACGUUUCAUCAUUUCAAUUGGUCCGUGUGAGAAUUCCGAUGAAACACGCGUGGCGUCGGGAUGAAAUAUUGAUGAGCCCCCCGUGCCGGAUCUCUUCAUUUUGUGUUUGGAAGUCGGGAGGAAACGAAAAAGUGGGGGGAAAAGCAGUCCCUGGAUACACCUGGACACAUUUCAAAUGUGUUUGGAAUUUCUGAGUCGAAAGUAGCAUUUUAGAUGGGGCCACUCGAGAUUUUAUACGAAAAGGAUCCCUAGAAGAUUUCAUACAAUCGGAUUUUCCAAUUUCCUCAUGAACAUGAGCAUUGAAAGAUUCGGAUGAUAUUUGAUUGUUUUUCCGGUGCCUACCAUCUGUCUUUUUCGUCGUUGCGAGACCCAUCAGCAAAUAACAUCUUUGAGGAACACGUACUCGAAUGUAUGUAUUGAAUGCACGUAAACUCUUUGGAAUUAUUCAUUAUUUUGUGGCGCGUCGUCGUCGGCCGUUUUUACGGAAAGAUGAACAUUCCCCCCGACCACCAACUAAACGGGAUUGAAACUGCUCGAUUUUAGAGGUUCGCACUGGGGACAAUUAGGAAUGCACCUGUCUUUCUCUUCGAACGGGAGCCCAUUCGAGGUCGUGGGCUAUAAAAAGCGGCUGUGAAGGCAGUAAAUUUGUUCCGUUUCCGAUCUAAUUGGACAGGGAACACACGGAAAUGAGGGUAAUUGCGAGAUGGCACUUUUUUCUCGAUUUCCACGGGUUUCUAGGGGUUUAGAGGGUUUUUAAAAGCGAGUUUUCAGGGUAGAAGCAGUAGAUACAUUUUCCAGAUUUUCUAGGGUUUACUUCAACAUUUUUUUUUGCCAAAAACCUUGGAAACCUCGAAAUGUAUUGAAUUUUGAAUGUAGAAAUGAUGAAUUUCAGUUUGAGAUCAGUAGCAUCUAAUCGUAAGAUUUUCCGUCCAUAGGUGUCCCAAAGGACCGUUAUUAGUCGACUAUUGUCUGUCCUCACAACUAUUACUAUUACUUUUACUAGUACUACUUCUUUUCUAGUAGGUAGUUAACCUUCUAUUCUCUUUUCCCGCCUCCCAUUCGCUCAAAAGACGACGUCCGCGCGCGGGAGAAGAUUAAUUUUGUGUCAAAGUCUUCGUCGCCAUUCAGAUCCUCCUCUUGAAAAGUUGAGUUGUGUGUGGUGAGGAAAGUCGUGUAAAGUGUUCUAAUUGAAAUCCGUGUGCGCACACGGAGCGCGCUCAAUUAGCGUCAUUUCGAAAAGAGGUUCCCAAGAAGAAGGAGGAGGCGAGAGAAAAUCAUAACAUUUGUGUGCGUGUGUGUGUGUAUACAUGCUCACGGAGCAAGAAGGCGUCAAAGCGUAUGUAAUUAUUCUAAUGCGCUCCUGAGAGGCAGAGCAAAUGGAAAAGAACGAACUCCGGGGAGGGAAUGUUGGAAAAAAGUGAGUAGUUGAAAGUUUUUGGUGAUGGGGUAACUGGAAUUUCACAAAUCGAAGCACAAAUGGGCAAAUGAGAGUUUGGAAGACUGUGCCCAACAUACGAACUUGAUAGAAUCGCUAUAGGCUUGGUGACGUGGCAAAAUGGUAUUUGCUAGUGAAAUCUCAACAUUUUUACUACACUUUUACAUACUUUGAAGCAAAACUGAUAGAAUCUUGGUUGUCGACUAAAUAUCUGCAAAAAGAGGGACUUUGAACCUUUCCCAUGACAAUUUCUCAGUUUUUCGAUAUCCAGAGUACAAGAGCUCUUAUUCCUGCUCAUUUGUCACUGGGAUGAACCUAAUUGUUUCCCCUUUUCGGCGCUUCUUCUUCUUAUUCUCUUUCUUCUUCUUCUGGAGACCUUUCGAUGGGGGGCUAAAGUGUCAAAAAAGACGGCUAACGAGGAAGGGGAAGCAGUGCGAGCGAAAGAUGCAACAUUUGUCCGAUUCAAUAGUAGUACACAAAAGUUUCACUCUUUUUUCCCGUCCGAGCACUUUUUUUCACAUCUUCUGGGAGGUCUUUCCGUAUUCUUAUGAACUUUUGGGGAGUGAAAUGAAAUUAGGAAAUGAGGCUUCUUCCACUUUUGCGCCAAAUUGCCGCCGCUCAUAAACUUUUAUUACACACCCUUCCGUCCUUCUUCUUUCGCCCAACUGGUGGUAAAAGAAGGAGCACACACACACACACACACACACACACGAAUACGACAGAAGGGUACGCAAAUUGGAGCCAUUCCAUCUACGUCCGUCCCCACUGCCCCCCGAAGAAGCCCUUCGGUCGGUCAUCUCGCUUUUUGAGCUUUUAGUCGUUUUUUUCGUCAAUCUUGAGCUUUCCUUUUAUGUACAGUAUAGAACGGACCUUGAUAAUGGGAAAAUUUCUCAAUUUUUCGGAUCGGAAGCCGGUGUGAUAGUCAAAACCGGAAUUUUUGUUAUCCUUACAGAGUUUCUGUCACUUUCCCCUCCGAAUCUCCCGACUUCGUCAUCCUUUCGAGUAUUGUGUGUAUGUGUGUGUGUUCAUAAGUGUGAAUCUGAUGAAUUAGUCAAAUUUGUGUAUGUUAGGGAGGGGGUACAUCUUUUCCUUUUCAAUUUGACAAGAGGUACUUGACUCUGCGGGGCGGGAUUCUCUUGCGAAAAGAGCAACAACGGAAGGAAGAGGAAUCUCGAGGUGUCCUCUUUUUUUUGUUGUUGGAUCAUCAUCAUUAUUAUGGACACCACCAGCACAUAUUGUUACGCAAUGAGCACCCGAUGUAACAGGAGGUGGUGGAGUACAAUGAGAAUGAGAAAAAGAUAUUGCAACUAAUUAGAUGCGCUUUUUUUGGGGUUGAAGAUUUGAUAGACUUUCUAGCAAGAAACUGUUGAAGAUCCUUGUUAGAAGUGCUAAAAAUGUUCAACUAUUGUGACAUUUGAUACCUGGUAACCAAACGAAUUGGGUGGCAAAAGUCUGGUGUCGUCCGUCUGUCGUCAUACGGUCUCGUAGAUUAUUCUGAUUGUCUGAUGAUGUCAUCAGGCAUCGGUCAGUCACCUUCAUUGUUAUGGUAGGCACCAAAGAUGGUUAUCCGGUUGGUGGUCGCAUUCCACGUGGAUGAUUUUGGAAGAUUUGAUCUCUGUGCGAGAUCUGAUCGGAACUAACGGAUUUUCGAACUCAAAACAUUCAUAGACACGUUAAAAUUUGGCUCGCGAACCUUCUGGAAGCCUGUUUUUGUGUUUUCCCCUCAAAUUCUUGACUAGGAUGAUCUAGUACAGUUCUCACUGUAAAAAUCUGGAAUCUUAUAAAAACCUGCUUUCCAAGCUUCAGAGCCCAAUUUUGGUUCCAAAUUGGAUAGGGGAAGUGCCCAUUGCAUAACUAAUCUCUAAUCUCUAUCCCAUUGCAUUCUGGUCUCGUGCACAGCACAAACAGACGAGCGAACGUCCGUCCGUCCGUUGUUAGUACCACCCCCCCCCCCGUCCACGCAUUCUGGAGAGAGCAUAAUGCGAUCAUCUUAUGGACUGCUCCAACGCCCCCAAUUUCCAUAUCUCUCGCUUCCUUUUCCUUUCUCUUUUUGAGCGAAUAUCGUAGUGAGGAUUCAAACUUUUUGAGGGUUUCACCUAGAACUCCUGACGAAAAAUCAUUAUACUUGACAUUUUCCAGUGAAAUUGCUCAAUUUCGAUUUUGCAGACCACACCACACGUCAGGAGCGCCGAACACCACGUAUUCGGAUGCGUCGACGACUCUGCUAAAGUACCCGCUCGGCGUCGGAACCCAACAGAAUCGGAGGCGACAGCAGCAAGUGGGCACGAUGAACAAUGGCUGCGAGGCGGGCGGUCCGAUGAUGAUCGGCGCCGCGCAGAAGAAGAAGAAGAAGUUCGACGACGGAGAGCACUCGCGGUGGCCUUCAAAAUGGAACCUCCUGCUCGCCGCCGCCCUUCUGGCCGCUCUUUUCGUCAUUUGCAUCUUGCUUUGUCAGUGUUUAUCUUCUGUCUUUUGCUAACAAUAUUCCCGUUUUCAGUCCGUGCCCCCAACUACGUGUACACCCAACCGGCGCCCUCUUCGGAUGCCACGUCAUCUGCGGCAGCUGCCCACGCGGCCAGUCGCUAUCAGGACCUCGGUCUGAGGGCUCUGCCGCCGGCGAUCAGUCUCGGAGAACGUGUCGACGUCGAAUUCUUUCCCAAAUCGAUGGCCACGACGUAGGUUUUCAUGAAUUCAUUGAGUAUUUUGACUUUAACGUGAAAAAAUGCUUCUGGUGGUCUAGUAUAGGUCUUACUAUUAGACAACUCAAUGGAGCUAAAAUGCUCAUCAAGUAUCGAAUUUUAACCGGAGCAAAGUUUUACCUGAGAUUCUCUGAAAAUCGCCCAUUCGCCCCUUUACUUCUAAUAAUUUCAGCGAGCUCACCAUCACGAAACCGUCGCGGAUCACAUUCAACGCAACGGUCGGCUCGGGAGCCCAACUGGUGCUGCUGAUGAGUGCGGGCGUCCAUCCGAGUCUCUCCCUCCACGACGCGCUCUUCUCGAUCCGUGCGGACCGUCUCGGCUCGUCCCGCGGACCGACGCACAUUGUCGAGGAACUCGGCGGAAGAAGCCGUCGGAGCACCGCAUCCCGCAACCGAAACAUUGAGAUAUUGUCGCCGAGGAGUGCGACGUUCGAACAGUUCAUGCUCGAAGGACGUCACUAUCUCACGUUCAUCAACGAGCGCAGCCGCGUCGAACCGAUCUCGUUCGUCGCCGAAGAGUUGCCGAAGCCGACGAAUGCGCCGAAGUCAUCGUCGAAAGAGCACCCACUGGCCGGAGUGCUCACGUGCGAAGCCAACUGCAAUCAGCGCGGCGAGUGCGUACACGGAAAGUGCCGAUGCGCGCCCGGAUUCACGGGCGGCGCGUGCGAGGAGGCGGUGUGUCCGGUCGUGUGCUCCGGCAACGGAGUCUUCUCGGGCGGCGCGUGCGUCUGCAAAUCGGGCUUCAAGGGCAAAGAGUGCGAGAUGCGUGCGAAUUGGUGCGAGGUGGCCGACUGUAAUGGACGUGGCCGCUGCGACAACAACGACGGACGGUGCCGAUGCAACGCGGGAUGGACGGGCGAGGCUUGCGAACUUCGCGCCUGUCCCCAUGCCACGUGUCACGAUCGUGGAGUCUGUGUCAACGGAACGUGCUAUUGUGUGGACGGAUGGCGCGGAGCGGAUUGUUCCGUGUUCGCCGACGUGCUCGUUCCAAUCGCCCCGACACCGGCGGCUCAGGCGCCACCUCGAAGAGUUGCUAUCCAGGAGGCGGAAUCCAAAACCGCCAAGAAAAAAGGACCGACCAGCCCGGAAAAGAAGAAGGAAAGUCGAGAGAUCGCCCCGAAACCCACGAAAAGCAGUGCGGAGGAGCCGAUCGCGUGCUCCGCCAACGGACAACUAAUCGACGAGAUCUGCCAGUGCGCGGAGGGAUACACAUCGACGGACUGCUCGAAACGGACGUGCGAGUGCCGCAACGGAGAUUGUCUCGACGACGGAACGUGCGCGUGCUGGAGAGGAUGGCGAGGAGCGGAUUGUGGCGGCAGGAAGUGUGCGAUCGGAUGUGAGGAGCACGGAAAGUGUCUGGCCAACGGGAGCUGCCAAUGUUCGGCCGGAUGGAACGGAGACAACUGUUAUCAGGGUAAGAAAUGUGGUUUGAAGGAAACUUUUUUGUUGGGAAACUAAUGAUGAUUUUGUCAACUUUUAUGCCAAAAAAAUGAGAACGAACGAAAAUAACAAACGCUAAGUUUCAGAUGGCUGCCCGAACCAGUGUUCCUCAAAAGGCGAGUGCGUGAUGGACCGUCGAACAUCGGAAUGGUCGUGUCGUUGUCAGGCCGGCUCCACAGGGCCCGACUGCUCGGUUCCCCUCGAAAUGCACUGCGACGACGGGCUCGACAACGACUCGGACGGUCUCGUCGACUGCGACGACCCGGAGUGUUGCUCGGCGUCCGCGUGCUCCUCCGAAUCGGUGUGCUCGACGGCGGCGACACCGACGGAAGUGCUGAUGCGAAUGCCGCCCACGUUCAACGCCAACUUCGCACAACGCGUACAGUUUUUGAUAAUGGAGAAGUCGGUGCAGAGUUACACGGACGCGAGCCAGUUCAACGAGUCGCUGACGGCGGUGAUUCGCGGAAGAGUCGUUUGGAGUGGAAGCAGCGGCAGUGGAUCCGAAGAGAUUGGAGCCGGAAAACGAAGUACAGUGCCGCUGAUAGGCGUGAGGGUCUCCGACGCCGCCCAUCCCCUCUACGGAUUCACGCUGACACGUGGCGACGGAUACUUUGACCUGGUUGUGAACGGAGCCCGAUCGGUGAACCUUCAGUUCCUGCGAACGCAAUUCCAGGCGGUCAAGAAGAGCGUCUAUGUGCCGCCCGGACAAAUUGUGCACAUUGACGACGUCCUCCUCCACCGGCACUCGGGAGCUGCCGCCAGUCCGCAAAUCUCUGCCCCACCGGCCAGAGCCAAGUGCUCGCCGACGCUUCGGAGACUUCCUGAAGUGGUCCUGAUCUCGAAUUGGCAGUACACGUCGGACGGCGUCGAACCGGAGACCCGCGACACUUCGCGGCUGGUCGUCGACUCGCGCACCAUCGUCGAAUCCUUGCCGAUCCAUGGGACCGAUCUCCGGCUUGCCUACGACUCGGCGCGAUCGCCGGCAGCACCCUCCACAAUGCUCAUUGGUCUUCUGGACGAUCGUGUCGACAAGGACCUUCGGAAGAUCCACGUCACGAUCCGGAUCGCUGGCAGACGCUUCGACGCGACGCUGGCGCCUCGUGUCAACCUGACGCACGUCUUCGCAUGGGACAAGAUGAACGCGUACCGGCAGAGCGAGUCGGGACUCGUUCCGGUGACGGUCCUGGUCGGCUACGAGUACCAGGGAUGCGAGCGGAGCAGCGAGAGGGUUUGGCAGACGCGGAGGACGCAGAUGAUGGGCGCGACGGCGCGCAAGAUGCUGGGAGCGAUGUGGACGAUGGACGUGCAUCAUCAUCUGGAUAUUGUCAACAAUAUUGUCGAGAUGGGCGACGGCGGCUACCGGCUCAUCUCGCAAUCCGAGCCACGUGUCACCACUCUGGCGGGCCUCGACGCGACGAAACGGGACGUCGAGUGUGCACCGGAGAACUGCGACGGACGCCUCGACACGAUUCCUCUUUUCCGUCCGACUACAGUAACCUACGCGCAGGACGGCUCGCUGAUCAUUGGGGACCACAAUCUGAUCCGACGCAUCUCGCCCGACGGCACGAUCAACACGAUCCUGACGCUCGGUCUCGCCGACACCUCGCACGCCUACUACAUUGCGGUCUCGCCGUUUGAUGGGACCGUCGCCAUCUCGCUGCCACUUCACAAGCAGGUCUGGAAGAUUACGAGCAUGGAACCGCAGGAUGCGCGCAACAAUUACGACGUGAUCGCCGGCGACGGGACCGUGUGUGCGUCGGCCGUGGACUCGUGUGGAGAUGGGGCGCUCGCGCAGAAUGCUCAACUGAUUUAUCCGAAGGGAAUCGCGUUCGAUCGAGUUGGAAACCUUUAUUGUAAGUGCGACUUUUCAAAUGUUGUUGGGGACCAUAGCCGCCGAGAUCCAGUCAAGAAGCUUGGCGGUUAUGGUCCGCAAUAGUUAAAAGUGAUAGUAGAGUAGAAUUCAAAUUUCCGUUUUUCAGUGGCCGACAGUCGUCGAAUCCGCGUGAUCGACACCACGGGACACAUUCGUUCGAUCGGCGAAACCACUCCCGAUCAGCAUCCGAUCCGCACGUGCGCGCAGAUCACGAAACUCGUGGACCUUCAGAUGGAGUGGCCGACCUCGCUCACUAUCGAUCCGAUCACUGGCGCUGUGCUCGUGCUCGACACGAACGUCGUCUACGAGAUUGACGUCGAGAACGACGUCGUGACGAUUGUGCUCGGCGCUCCGACGACCUGUGACGUGGCAUCUACUUCGAAUUCGACGGCGUCUUCUGGAACUUCGAUCGAUCACCGACGUCAUCUGAUUCAGAACGCGCGCGACAUUAGCGUGGGCGUCGAUGGAGCCGUCUACGUGGUCGAAUCGGACGGUCGACGCGUCAACCAGAUCCGCAAACUGAGUCCCGAUCGCUCGACGUUCUCGAUUCUGACCGGAGGCAAGAGCCCAUGCUCGUGUGACGUGGCGGCUUGUGGAUGUGACGACGCCGUCUCGCUGCGCGACGUGGCCGCCUCGCACGCACAUCUGAACUCUCCGCACGCCGUCUGCGUUGCCCCAUCCGGCGACGUCAUCAUCGCCGACUCCGGAAAUGCGAAGAUCAAGCGGGUGGCGGCGCGGCUGGCGAAGUACGAUGGACGCACGCGCACCUACGAAGUGCUCGACGCAGAACGGCAGGAGAAGUACGCGUUCAACCGACAUGGACAGCACACGUCGACCGUAUCCCUCAUCACCUCGCGAAUCGUCUUCAACUUUACCUACCAAGUCGACUCGCCGAUCGCUCUGCUCUCGGAAAUCCGCGCCGCUUCGGGAGUGACACUUCGGAUGAACAAGCGCAACGAUUCGGUGCUGGAUCUGGAGACGUCGAACGGAGAAAUCACGACGCUGCUCAUGUCGAACUACGACGGAACGCUGGAGCAAGUGGCCCGGAAGGCGGAGAAUCUGCCCUCGAAGGACGCGAUCCGACUGGCCUACACUCCGAAGGGACUGCUGUCCUCGAGGAUCGACGUGGCGACGGCUGUCGGAUUCGAAUAUGACGAAUACGGACGGGCGGUCGGAUUGAGAAGGGAUCGAGAGCACUGGAAGCUCGGAGAGGAGACGAUCUCAAUGGGUCGAGUGAACACGGAAGUGCUCCUGAACGGCCGUCGCUUCCAACAAGUCCGUCUCGGCGAGGGCGAUCUGGCGGUUCAAGAUGCGAACGGAGGGACCGUCCGACUGAUCUCCCUGCUGCGAAACGAGGGCUACUCGCUCACCUCCCCGCUCGGCACCUCUUCCCUCUUCGACAAGAGCUCCACGAUUCCGGACGGAGGCGGCGAGCCGGUGAUCUCGCGACGAAGAACGACGGUCCCAGGCAUUCAAAGUCCGCUGCGGAGGGCCUUGACGACCAGGUGGGACUGGCGCCAUGUGGCAAGACGUGGAGAGCCGACGGACGGACGACGACGAGUGGCGGAGGUCCGGUUUAGACCGAGGGUUCGUCGAGAUGAGAAUACGAGUUCGAUAUUUGUAACAGUGUGUGAUUUCUGGUUAACAACAGUGUGAUUCCAACUGAUUUUGAGGAGGACGAGCUACCGGAAUCCUUUCUCUAACUUUCACACACACACACACCCAUUUAAUCUAGUUUUAGUGCAGUGAACUCAUCUUCUCUCACCGACUAAACCCUCGAUGAUUUUUCUCUUUUUCUCAACAAUUUCUCUAACUUUGUGCAUGUUCAGAUCAACGGAGUGAACAUGUUCUCGAUGGAGUACGACGUCGGAUCCAAUUCGGACACAUUGCGGAUCGGCUCGACGACCGACGACGCGCAGGCCCUGCUCCACAUCGACUACACGCCGUCGGGAAGAAUCCGUCGGAUUUCGGCGCCAGAAGAUUCGCCGAUGGCCGAGAUGAAUGUGACGUUUGACGCGGCGGGACGGAAGACCGAUGUUACGUGGGGAUCCUGGAGGCACCGGUUCACUUAUGACGUGGCGAAUCGGCUCGUCGAGCACGCCGUCGACGGAGCACGCGUUCCCGUCAAAAUGAGCUACGGUGGAGCAUCGAGGCCCAAUGAAAUUGCGAUCGAUGGCGCGAAAUGGACGGUGCACUACGACAACUAUGACCGAGUGAAGGAAGUGAUCAGUCCGAGCCAGGAGACGACCGCCUUCUCCUCGAUCUCGCUCGGCGGCGACGAGUGGGUCCUGAAGCGGCGGACGACUCUGAAUUCGAAGCCGUCGCUCGUCAGAAUCGACAGAAACGGACGGAUUUUGGAGGCCACGACCCCGGAUGACAUGCACCAUUGGCUCGAGCGAAGGGACCAGUUCGGCAGGAUCACAGAGGUGCUCAACGACGAGCAGGUUACGGUGGUGACGUGCUGGAGCCCCGAAGGCGAGCCGCUCUGCUCGAGAAGCGCGGGAAUUCAGGAGAACACGACGAUGCAGGGACACCUGAUCGCACGGAAGACGGUCAGUCUCUCAACGGAUGCUUCUGGAGCCACGACGACCUCCACGUUCACCUAUGAGUACGACGAUCUGUUGCGGGUCACCACCAUCCAGCCGUCGAUCGAGCAAUCGAUAUUGGAGCCGGUGCAGUUGAGCUACGACGAGCGGCGCGGUCACGUGGCUUCUGUCAAUGGAUUCACGUGGGACCGCGAUGGAUCGACGGCGCGCUGCCAGGGACACGGAAUGAUGUACGAGGUGUCGAAGGCCGACGAGCAUCGGCAGGUCGUCCAGCGGAAAGUUCACUUUGGAGACGCCCGUGCCAGUGUCCGCAUCACCCGCGACAAGGCGGGAAGAGCGGCGGAGACGGUGCUCGAGGUGACGACGCCGUCGGGAGUGCAGAAGAUUCGGAAGACGUCGAUGACUUUCGACGCGGCCGGACGCAUCGCCAGCGUCGAGGAGACGGACCGCGAGCCGACGCGCAUUCUCUGGAACUCGGAUGGUCGCGUCGAGAAGAUCAACGAUCGGCUGGUCGAGUGGAAUCGCGGCGGCGCCGUCAAAUCGUUCUUGGAUCAGCCGUACCACGUGGAUUCGAUCGGAUGGGUGCUGCGGCGGGGCAACGAGUCGCAGUUUCGGUACGACGGAAAAGGAAGACUCGUCACCGCGACCGUACUCGAUUCGGGCGCCAAGAUCCACGUGACGUACGACCUCGAGGACCGGGUGGUACGCAUUCAGAAGCCCCAGGAGACGAUCAACUUUUAUUAUGGAUACGUGGAAGCGCCCCGACUGGUGUCGCACUUUUCGAAGAACGGAAAGAUCUCCACAAUCUUCUAUGACGACGAUCGGAAUCCGUUUGCGAUGCAAACGGAAGACGGAACCCGAGUCGGCCUCCUUUCCGACGAAUCCAGAACGAUUCGCGCGAUCAUCGGAGACUCGAACGUGCUGCAAAUCAUUGACAGAUCCGUGUUCGGAGCUCAAUCAUCCCCAGUCCAUGAUUUCCCGAUCGGAUACCUCGGAGGCAUCGAAAUCGCCGAAAUCGCGGUGUCAAUUCUCGAUAACGGACGUCCGCUGGACCUGCAAACCGGACGAUAUCUGUCUGUUUCGCCGCAAGCCGUCGUCCGUCUCGAUUUCACCGAUUCUUUCGACAAUUCGAUCGAUUUGAUGGCGUUGGAACAGCAGCGGCAGCCGUUCAGGGUCCAGAACAUUCCAGAAGGUACUAAACUCUAGCAGCUACUUAACUUUUUGUUCGACAAAAAACAGAAAUCUGUAGAGAAAUCCAAAUAUUUGUUAUUUUCAGACUUUGCCACAUGGUUCUCGCUGUCCGGCCUCUCUGCGAACCUUCUGCCGACCGCGCAUCUCGGUCUUCCACGUGCCGGUCCCAUCGCCCAUCGUCUCCUCUCUUCGUUCCCCCGCAAACUACGCCCUCUCUCGCACCUGACUACCGUACUCCCGACCCGUCUCGCUUCCACGUCUUCUUCUUCUUCUCCGAUCACUUUCUGGUCGAUCGACGACGUCGGCUUCUCGAAUCUUUUGAUAUUGUCGGAGAACGGCGAGAAGCAGGUGUCGGUGGAGGCGCUGCCCGAUUUGAGACCCGAAGAGUUGGAAGUGAUCGGGAAACUGUUCGACGGCGUCAAAUCCCUUGAUUUUGCCACGUGGGGACUCGUGCCGACGCGACAUUUAUGGCGGGCGCCCAACUCGAAAUUGGAGCUAAGCUCCGCCUCGUUUCCCCACUUUACAAUGGUCGUCAACAAGGAGAAUGUCGAGUUGCGCAACGGAAAAUCCAAAAUUGUCGUGCAUUUCGCUGAGAAAAAGGUGUGUAGUGGUUAAAAUAAGAUUAAAAAGUAUUGAAAUAUUUGCAGGCCGACAUUGUGAAACGAAUCGCCGACGAUCUGAAGUCGAGAGAACGGAUAGCCGUGUGGAGAGCCGAGCGGAAGCGUGUCGAGAACGGAGAGAAGACGUGGCGCCAGUGGACCGACAGAGAAUUGAGGUAAUUGACUGGAGAAGUCUGGAAAUUGAGGGUUCUCACGAAGUUUUCCUUUUAAAAAAUCCGAUAAAUCCCCCCAAAAUCAUCAAAUGUUUGCAGAGAACUGACGUCGAAAGGCACCGUCUCCGGAUACGACAUCGAAAUGCGUGCGGCCCAUCAGUCGGCCCUUCUGGCCAGUGUUCAUUCGUGGAAAUUCCGCAAAGCCGGAUAG